AGAGGAAAGGAAAAAAAAAUUAUAAACCUAGGUUUCGCUGUUCGUCGUCUUCUUCGGAGCAAAUCGGUGAAGGAGCAGUUCGUUCAAGCUGACAGAACAACUCGCUAGGGUUUUCUAGUCUGGUGAUAGAGGCGAAGAAGGAUCUCCGGUUUCCGUCGAUUGCGUGAUUAUCGUUCAUGCCACUCCUUGUAUAAUCUCUGAUCACCUUGCACAAAUCUUCUUCCUUGUAAUCGAUUAGAGAGAGAAAGCGGAGUUCUUCAUUUGGGGAGUUCAUUUGGAGAGGAUCGUAUUCGAUGGAUGAGAUCUGGGAGAGAGCCGUAGAGACGGCGCUGGACGGACAAUCGGAUCCCCUGGCUGUCCGAACCCUAACUAUUGACGGCGCCGUCAAGUGCUUGCAGGGGCGCCUUCCCCAGUCGGACCUCCUGGAGAGGUUCCGGAACCUCGAACAUCUCUCUAUGGCUAAUAUUGGCGCUUCUUCGCUUGAGCAGUUCCCUCGUCUUGGGAAUCUCCAGAAGCUUAUUCUGUCUGACAAUAGGAUUGCUGGUGGACUUGAGUUCCUUGUCCAAGCUGGGCUGGAUUCUUUGCGCGACCUCGAUUUGUCCAACAAUAGGAUACAGUUUGUCGAGGAUUUGGUGCCUUUAGCUCAGUUGAAACUUGUCUCUCUUGAUCUAUAUGAGUGCCCGGUGACUCGGGUUAAGGAUUACCGAUCUAGGGUUUUUGGGUUAAUUAAAUCCUUGCGGUAUUUGGAUAAGAUGGAUGCUGAGGAGAACGAGAUACCGGAGUCAGAUGAAGAAGAGGAUGAUGAUGAGGGUGAGGAAGACGAGGAUGAUGAAGAUGAUCCUGGGAGUUGCGAGGUUGAUGGCGAAGAUAGGCCGAACAGGAUGAGUAAUGGCCACAGUGAAAGAAUGGAGGGUGUUGUGGAGGUUGAUGAGGAAGAGGAGGGUGAAGCUGAUGAAGAAGAAACAGAGACAGGAAGACAGGUGAAUGGGGUUAGUCACCAGGCGAACGGAUUUAUGGUUGAACACUUGAAUGUAGAUGAUGAAGAAGAUGAUGAUGGUGAUGAUGAUGAUGAUGAUGAAUUUGGGGAGGAAGAGAUUGAUGAAGAGGAUGGCGAGGAUAAUGAUGACGUGGUUGAGGUGCAUGAGAUUGAAGAUAGUGACGACGACGAUGAAGAAGGGAUUGAAGAUGAGGAGGAGGAUGAAGAUGAAGAAGAGGUGGAUAAUGAUGAGGGAGAUUUUAGGGUGCCAGAGAGCAAUGGGGCGCUAACAAGCACAGAUGGAGAGAUUGAUGGUCACGAGCACGGGGAAGACGAUGAUGGGGAUGGCGAUGGUGAGACUGAGGAAGAACAACAAGGAGUAGAAGAUGCUGAAGAGGAGGACGGAGGGUAUGAAGGGGGAUACUUGGUUCUACCUGCUGUUGCAGAGACUCUAGAAGAAGAUGAUGGAGAAGAUGAUGAAGACAUCGAAGAUGACAAUGUUGAGGACGAAGAAGAAGAAGACGACGACGAUGCAGUCCAGGUUAUAUGCCCUCCUUCUUCCUCUCACUUGAAGAGAAAGAGGGACGAUGGUGCUGAUGAUGGAGGCAAUUCUUCCGGGGGAGAUGACGAUGAUGAUGGUGAUGGUUCCAGUGGAAACGAUGAUGAUGAUGAUGAUGAUGAUGAAGAUGAAGAAGAAGAUGAUAGAUCCAAAAGAAAUCACUAGCAGUGUUUGUAGGAGUAGUAGUGGGGGAGGAGGAGGGGGGAGACAUGUCAUCUGUGUAGGUUUAAAAAAAAGAACGAAGUCUGUGGGGGGGGGAGAUGGGGUUUUUGAAAGUCGGUUAAGACAAAAGUGUCAAUUUGGCGCCCAUUUGUGUUUGCGAUGGCAGUUAGGGUUUUGGGUUUACCGCCUCAAAGACUUCGCCAACAAGUGAGGGGCGUUUCUUUUAAUGUAUUGCUUCGUGUUUUAGCCUUUUUUUUUUGUAAAAAAACAUUUUUAUUUAAAUACCCUUUUGUGGUGUCGAGAA